CGAAAACAUAAAAAUGGCUGCGAAAAGACAAAACCCUGCGCCUGCCGCUUAAACCCUGGCGCCGAGGAAUAUGGUCCAUUUUCAAUCAGCUGCUUCUGUCCACGAAAGAGAUUAUUACCACUUCCAAACCGCGCAAUCCUUCUUCUGAUUACAUCUUCUCUCCAGAGCUUUGGAUUCAUACUACCAGCUACAUAUGGUCCAUCUUAUAUGGACUAGAGUCGUGAAGGAUUUGCAUUCUGCUGCUUGCUGUUUUCACAAAUUGUUAUGCCACAGUUGCAGUAACGGCAAUAUUUACAUUAUUACUUCCGGAUUUUCAAUACGUAGAAGAUAUUAUAGCCAUACUCGGGGAGAUUCUAGUGUAUCAUAUUCUUUUCUUGAAGCUCCUUGUCUCCAGCACCGCUUCAAAAAUUGGCAACAUUUAAGGAAGCAUAAGUUGACAGCCAGUACUUUCAGUAGUGCUAUUGGUUUUUGGCCUCAAAGAAGAGUCCAACUCUGGUUGGAGAAGAUUGGGGCCAUCGAACCAUUUUCUGGUAACUUGGCUACUGGUUGGGAUAAUAUCAAGGAAGAGGAAGCUCUUGAAAGAUAUAAAAUAAUAACCGGAAAUUGUGUAUCCUUCCCUGAUUUUCAGGUUUACAAAAAUGUCAGACCAGAAGAUGAUUGGCUUGCUGCUUCCCCAGAUGGAUUGGUUGACAGUUACUUAUACGGUUUGCCUUCUAGAGGAGUGUUAGAGAUCAAAUGCCCUUUCUUUAAUGGCAAUAUGGCGAAUGCUUACCCAUGGAGACGAAUACCUCUUUACUAUAUCCCACAGGCUCAAGGUUUAAUGGAAAUACUUGACCGGGAUUGGAUGGACAUGUAUGUAUGGACUGAGAAUGGCAGUAGUCUCUUUCGGUUGUACCGAGAUACAGAAUACUGGGAUCUUCUAAAGAUUGCUUUAUCUGAUUUUUGGUGGAAACAUGUCCAUCCAGCUCGGGAGGCCUACCUAAACUCAAACAUCUCAGAUCCUUUUUUGCAGUUAGAAUCCUUCAUUCCGGCACCAAGACACGAUUUACAUCGUUAUCUAGUUUGUGAAAGUAAACUGAUUGUCAACAGCUCCAAGUUACUAAUGCGUGAAAUUCGUGGAGUAUUGGAAGGUUAAUUUAUCUUUUUCAUAAACUUCAUUGAAUUUACAAACAAUGGGGUUAAAGGCUGCUUGCAGAAUUUUGAAGAUGACAUAUAGAUUAAUGUGGAUUGGAAACAACACAAAUCACCUGCGGGAACCAUCCCUUCUGAGCUGAUAAAGCAGCCACGGAAACAGGAGAAACCGAAAAUGAAAAUCAUUCAGCUUAUACUUCCAACAUUGGGAUCUCCCAUUGUGAAGCUGUAUUUAGUGGCAAACAGCGCGGCCACAUUUUAUUAGGUCGGCAUUUUGUACAUCCCUUGGUGUAACCUUCAGAAAUUGUUGAAUCUCUGUGUCGUAUUGCAAGUCCAGCGUUGUUUCAGGUUCUGCGGAGGAGACUUUCGGGUGCUUGACCUUCUUUGUCAAGGGUGUGGUUCUCAUUCUCUUGGCACAGCUCAGUUAUCGAUUUUCUUUCAGAGUUAGCCCCUCCCGUUAUUUGUCUUAGAAAGUUUCUGAUAGCACCUGUAUGACGGUCUCUGGCUUUUGAGUAACAAGGUGACGGUUCUAUUCUCUCGUAUAUGAUUGUCUUUUUUUUUUUUUUUGGAUUGAUGGUUCCCAGAUUCUCUGAAGAUAUGAUUUCAGUGUCCAAAAUUGGUAUGUGUGGUUUGUAGUUAUUAAUUUUUCUUUUUUCAGUCUCUUGGAUUUGGUUGCAACUAUCUGCGUAUGCAGGAUUGUUUAUUUAAGCCUUAGCUUUUCUAUGCCAGCACAUGGUUUGUUUAUCAACAAAAGGUUUUACAUGCGCAUGUUGUUUGCAGUAUAUUACAUGGAUUUGUACUGCCUCAUUUGUUCAUUUUCCCCUUCUUAUUAGGUUAUUCUUCAUCUCAAUUUCUUUUCUUUCUUUUUUUUUUCCUCUAUAUUAUCUUUUCUGCAUUGAGGAUUGAAGAAUGCAUGCUCCACGCUGUUCAAAUUACAUUAGAGCUUAGGACCUCCAAUGAUAUUGUUUGACUUUUUGCUGUAGUGGCUUUGAAAGGUCCUGGUCUUGUGCUCUGCUGUUCUUAUUGCUUUCUAUGAAACUACAGAUUUAGCUUAGUGUGAAAUUUGUUUAGAGAAAAAAGAAGAGAUGAAAUGGUUUUUGGUCAAACAAUAGUCAAUUCGGUGUGGACAUGUUUCUCCAGGUAUUUCUCAUUCCCCGUUAAUUGACAAACUUCCUUCCUGUACCUAGGAGGAGAAAGAAGUGAUGUAUGGAAUGUGUUUAAGAUGAACCAUUGUGGCGUCAUCGACACGAAGGGUUGUUGUUUGGUCUGAUUGUAUUGAAUCCAACAUUGAUUUGGAGCUGGAAAAGUAUAGCGAGGAUGCUCCUUCAACUCAAUUUUGCAGAAGCAUCCUGGAAAGAAGGCUGCUGUCUCUAAAGAGCCACGAGAGAAGGAAAAGAAAAAAGGUUACUGAGGAAAUCCCAGUUGACGCUAUUGAAUUUCCACUUGUUACAAAAUAGUCCCUGCUGAGACAUAUUGUUCUAAAAAGUUCAUGGAAGAAAUACCGAAACCGUAAUUAAAACGAUAAAAGAAUGCAAUUGUAAUUCACACAACGCUUGAGCAUUCAGCUCGUAUAAAAUGAGAAUGCUAAACUUUACUAAAAGGAAU